CCUACGACGUUAUGAAAUAACGGCCAAUACUGCUGUGUAUAUCAGAAACGAUUAUCAACGAAUACCUGCGGAGUAUUUGUGGCAUAAAAUGAAUCAUGACUUUCAAACAAGAAGUUAAAGUGGAAGCGAUGGAGGGAUGCAUUUGUUCGAUAUGUAAAGAAGAAUUUCGACUGUGCAAUUUAUCAUUAAAACACGACAAAGCGAAAUAUUUCGUCACUUCACAGCACGGACCUAGGUAUUUCUACCCGGUAUGGACGUCAUUUUGGGCACUCUACCAUCUCUUAAACCUUCUCCUGAUGCCAUACUAUUCCAGCCAGUGGCCAAACGAAAUGGCCUGGCCCUUGUAUCUGACCAACAUAGGCUACAGCCUCCUUGGGAUCUUCUCGGUGUGUGAUUGCGUCAUCACUAUUUAUGUAUAUGCAAAACGAUCGGAUGUUUUAUCUGGGAGCACAUCAGGGUCCCCGUGGUACCUGCAGCUCGUGUGGUGUUUAUACAACAUCAACAAUGUGGUGGCACUCACCAUUUCCAUAUCAUACUACAGUCUCCUCACCGUCAGUUUCGAUCCGCCCAGCAUCAUCACCCAUACGAUGAACGCACUGUUUACUAUCGCCAACAUCCUGGUAUGUGCCAAGCCGACUAAGCUUUUACACGUGUACCAACCCCUCAUCUUCUCUAUAGCUUACCUUGUGCUCUCCCUCCUUCAUUAUGCCGCGGGAGGAUCCGCGAUCUACACCGUGUUGGACUGGGACAAUGUUUCCGUCGCCCUGCCGACAGCUUUUAUAGUGAUUUUCGUUCUGGGAAUAUUACUGCAUUUCUUUGUGUUUGUUAUUUUUAAACUCCGCGUGCUUCUUUAUGACAGGUUGUGCAGCAAAACGAAAAUUGACAUUAUCCAAGUUUCAAUCAUAGACAAGGCGGGUAGUAAGAAGGAAAACAAAUACAAAGAAGAACCGUAAUGUUUGUGUAAUUAUUAUAUUUUAUGUGAUUUUAUAACGUU